AUGGCCCCUUCAGCUACCACAACGUUGACCGAGACGGGCCCGGCACCACUCCCCGUGAGAAAGUUGAAGACGGAAUUCGGAGCCUACAAGGAGCUUGGGGCCAGUUCACUUGACGAGAAGACUGAGCGCCUAGGUAGAGAGGAUUUCGAAGCUGCAAAGUAUCCCAACUACCUGCCAACAUGGAAUCCUGAACAGAAAUAUCCUCAACUCGAACCGUUUGAGCACUACGAGCACGGCAAGGAUGCCGACACCUCGUUUCCUGAACUGCUGCCAGAGGGCUCGACCGUUGUAGACCUCACACCAUCGAUCGGCAGCGAAGUCAAGGGUGUCCAGCUCAGCAAGCUGACCAAUGCCGGAAAGGAUCAGCUUGCACGAUACGUAGCAGAGCGAAAGGUGGUUGCCUUCCGCGGCCAAGACCUUGCUGAUCUACCCAUUUCCGAGGCUUUGAAGUUUGGCGAAUACUUUGGUCGGCACCACAUCCACCCUACCUCGGGCUCUCCCGAGGGACACCCCGAGAUUCACCUUGUUCACCGAGGUGCUGGCGAUGCGGGCGCUGAGAAGUUCUUUGAAUCGCGGACGAGCUCAGUCGCAUGGCACUCUGAUGUCUCUUAUGAGCAGCAGCCCCCAGGCACUACUUUCCUGUACAUUUUGGACAAGCCAGAGACUGGUGGUGACACUUUGUUUGCCAACUGUGUCGAAGCAUAUGAGCGACUGAGUCCUCUCUUCAAGGAGCGUCUUCACGGCCUGCAAGCAACACACUCUGGAAUCGAACAAGUCAAUGCUUCCAUGGCUAGAGAGGGUAUCAAGCGUCGUGAGCCCGUCGUCAACGCACACCCAAUUGUGCGGACGCACCCUGCUACUGGUGAAAAGGCUCUAUACAUCAACCCUCAAUUCACACGAGAUAUCAUUGGCAUGAAGAAGGAGGAGUCUGAUACCAUUCUGAAAUUCCUCUAUGAUCACAUCGCAUACGGUGCUGAUUUCCAUGCCCGUGUAAAGUGGGAGGAAGGCACCGUGGUCGUCUGGGACAACCGUGUCACCCAGCACUCGGCCUUGGUCGACUGGAAGAAUAAGCAGCGCAGGCAUUUGGCGCGUAUCACGCCACAGGCUGAGAGGCCAUUUGAGACGCCAUACUCAGCAUAG